AAAAAAUUGAAGGGUAAUCUCUGGGGUUUUGCCUCCUUUUUCCUCUUUCCUCUUUCUGUUUGCGAGCCCAUCCCCAACAAAUCGAAUCAUCAAGGUCCACUCUUCCCAAAAAAAAAAAAAUAAAGUGCUAAGAAUUAUGCCUCUCCAACCUUCAUCUGUGAUUGCCUGCCAUGUUAAUCCCUCGCCGAGCUUCUCUUGCUCUCGGAACCUCCUUUUCAAAGCACCCCAUCUUACCCUCAUCAAAGCCCCAGAGUUUCAGAAGUUAUCAGUCAUAUGCUUCGUUUCGCAAAUCCAUAGUUAUGGGAGUGCCCCCCACGAGAGGAGUGGCAUGAAAAAAUGGUAUGCUAACUACAAAAAAAAACUUUCGAGCAGGACGGACCUUGGAACUUUCCUAAAUGAGUUGGAGAAAGGCGGGAGGAAGAUAACGAAAGAAGAGCUUUGUAAGGUUGUCGAGGAAUUGAGGAAGAUCAAUCUCCACAGGGAUGCUCUUGAGGUCUAUGAUUGGAUGAACAAUAGAGGUGAGAGGUUUAGAUUAUCUGCCAGUGAUGCUGCCAUUCAGUUAGAGCUUAUUGUUAAAGCACGUGGAGUUUCGAGUGCUGAAGUUUUUUUCCUUAAGUUGCCGGAGACAUUGAAGGACAGGGAGACAUAUGGGGCUCUUCUAAAUGCCUAUGUGCAUGCUAAGAUGAGAUACGAGGCAGAAUCUUUAUUUGAAAAAAUGAGGGACAGAGGUUACACUGCACAACCAUUUACAUUUAAUGUGAUGAUGACACUUUAUAUGAAUCUCAAGGAAUAUAAUACAGUUGGCUCCAUGGUUCAGGAAAUGAAGCAGAAAAAGAUACCGCUGGACUUGUAUUCCUACAACAUCUGGUUGUCCUCCCUUGGAUCUCAGGGAUGUGUAGAAAAGAUGGAGCAAGUAUGUGAAGAGAUGAAAGCGAAUCAGAGCAUCAAUCCACAUUGGACUACAUUCAGCACAUUGGCAACAACGUAUAUCAAGAUGGGGCUGCUUGAAAAGGCUGAAGAGUGUUUGAGAAAGUUUGAGAGUUUGAUAAUCACUGGUGGAAAUCAAACACCUUAUCAUUAUCUUAUAAGACUGUAUGGUACCAUUGGUAACAAAGAGGAGGUAUAUCGAACUUGGAAGGUCUACAAAUCUAUUUUUCCCAGUAUUCAGGUUAUGGGUUAUUAUGAUGUGAUCUCAUCCCUGGUUAGAGUUGGAGAUAUUGAAGGGGCAGAAAACAUUUAUGUGGAAUGGCAGUCAGUUAAAUCAGCUUAUGAUAUAGGAAUAGUAAAUCUUAUGAUGAGUGCAUAUGUUAGAAAAGGAAAUAUGGACAGAGUUGAGAGUCUAUUUAAUCAGAUGGUUGAAGCUGGAGGAAAGCCAAAUCCAAGUUCAUGGAUGAUUCUUGCUGAAGGGCAUAUCAAAGAAAAGAGGAUUUCUGAGGCUUUAUCUUGCAUGAAAAAGGCAUUUGCAAUUAAACGCUUAAGUAGUUGGACACCCGAUCAUGGAACUAUUUCUGCCUUCCUUGAUCUCUGUGAAGAAGAAGCCAAUACUGCAAGUAAGGAAGUUUUGGUGGCAUUAUUGAGGCGAUCAGGAAUUCUCAAAAUAAAAUCUUAUGCCUCACUCGUUGGCUUAUCUGAUGAAGCAGUCAGGGACAAUGAACUGUUAAGAGGUAAAGAUAGAAGUGAUAGUAAAGGUGGCUGUGAAAUUGAAAGGCUUAUGCAUCGCUCAUUGGCUUAUCUGAUGAAGCAGUCACUGAAGAUGAAUUAUUAAAGGGUCAAAGAUAAAGUGAUAGAAACAGUGACAAUGAUGAGGAUGAGAAGGAUGCUUUUGAAUUUCUUUUUGGCCAACUGCAGAACAGUGCGUGAUAUGGUUACUGCUGCUUUCUUCUUAAAGUGUAUUCAUAUUGUUAUUAAUCUUAGUUGAAGAGAAAUCUGUUACACAAAACAGGUAUCUUAGGUUCAGAGCCAGGAAAAUCCAUUUAGUGAGAAUCAGGAUGUGCAAGUCUUCAUAUGUGGGUUUGAUGAUGAAAACCCUUCUUCUUUUAUCUCCUGUUAAUGAUUCAGAUUUUUUGUCAAUUUUCAUACAGGUCUCCAUAGCUGUUAGAACUUUAUUUACACCGCAUUUAUGGAAUAAAUGUGAAUCAUAUCA